AUGAAAUUCCAGUUUGGACUAGGUCCUACACUCCGUAAGAAAGAUAUAAUUGAUUUAUUAGAUGAGAAUAUCUCUGAAUUAAGCGAUUUUGAAAGUGAUACCGAUAGUGUUGGAGAGAUUGAUGAACUUUUAGAAAAUUUUGAUGAAAACGAAACCUUUGAAUUGCGUGACUACAAUGAUAUUGAGAAUGUAAAUGACUUCCCGGAAGUUCAUGUCCCAGGUUGGUUUACCAUCGAAAAAAAAAACAUGAAAUGGGGCAGUUCUCGCGGUGACUUCGUCCGGACCAUCGGCAAGCGUCUAAAGGUGAAACGACCCAAGGUGUCCGGCCGCCAAAAGUCUAAGUCGGAAAACAGGGCCCGAAAGGCGUUCCGCACCAUAUCGUUCAUACUGGGCGCGUUUGUGGCCUGCUGGACCCCGUACCACAUACUGGCGCUCAUCGAGGGCUUCUGCUCCAACCCACCGUGCACGAACGAGAGACUGUUCCUGUUCGCGUACUUCUUGUGCUACGCCAACAGCCCGAUAAACCCGUUCUGCUACGCUCUGGCCAACCAUCAGUUCAAGAAGACGCUCACCAGGCUGAUGAAAGGCGACUUCCAUAUAUCAUAGGCCGCGUAUCACACACGGGCGAUCCUCCCGCGACGUUUCUGUUCCUAAAAACGAUUGUUUCCGGUUACUAUGUACGUCGUUCGUGGUUUUUCAUUUCACGCGCCCGUCUUCAGCUGACAUCACCCUCUAUAUGCCAAUAAUAUGUAUAACGGAAUAACGGUUCCUAUAUUAUGUAAACGCGAUAUGAUAUAUAAUUACCAUUACGCUGCAAAGAUCGAAAUAUUCUUAAAUCACAGUUUUAGUACAUAUAGAUAGUAAAUAAUGAUAAUAUUUUUAAACUUCCGUCAACCGAUGAACACCUCAAACUUUGAAAACCCAAUUAAACCUCGUGAGAGCAUAAUAUACGGCAUAUUAUAUUCUUAAAAUAAAUUUUACUUAUUUAUUUAUACUGUAUUAUACUUAUA